AGAGGAUCCGCGGAGACACGCAUAACAGGUGAUUUAUCCCGAGCAGCAGGCUGAUUCCAACUCCCAGAAUGCCGGAGCAGAGUAACGACUACAGGGUGGUGGUGUUCGGAGCUGGUGGGGUGGGGAAGAGCUCGCUGGUACUUCGAUUUGUUAAAGGCACCUUCAGAGACACUUACAUCCCCACUGUAGAGGACACUUAUAGACAGGUGAUCAGCUGUGACAAGAGCGUCUGCACGCUGCAGAUCACCGACACAACAGGAAGUCACCAGUUUCCUGCCAUGCAGCGUCUGUCCAUCUCCAAAGGCCACGCCUUCAUCCUGGUCUACUCCAUCACCAGCCGCCAGUCACUGGAGGAGCUCAAACCCAUCUACCAACAGGUUCUGGCCAUCAAGGGCAGUGUGGAGUCCAUUCCCAUCAUGCUCGUGGGCAACAAGAGUGAUGAGACAGCCCAACGCGAGGUGGAGACAAAGGAGGGCGAGGCUCAGGCCACUGCCUGGAAGUGUGCCUUCAUGGAGACGUCAGCCAAAACGAACUCCAACGUGAAGGAACUGUUCCAGGAGCUGCUAGCCCUGGAGAAGAAGAGAGACAUGAGCCUGAGCAUCGACGGCAAGCGAUCGGGAAAACAGAAGCGAGCCGACAAGCUGAAGGGGAAGUGCAGCAUCAUGUAGAGCAAACAGCAGCAGCAGCAGAGGACUCGCUGUAGAGAUGUGGAAACAGCAGAGGAGGCAGCAGGAGGAAAGAGGGGGAGGUCUGCCGAUGACUCCCAUAGAGUCUCCCCCUUCCAUCUUACCACAACUCUCAAUCAGCGAGGUUAGGUCUUCUUCUUUGGUGGCUCUCCUCUGUCUGUCUGAAGCCUAGAGGAACAACAUGAUGAGAUUUGACUGAUGGUGGAAACUGGAAAAUUUAUACCAGGGCCUCGGGGUCCUCGUGGCCCUGAACUGGAUUGUGUUUGUUGCCCCAAAAUACUCUUUUACAUGUUCAGCUAC